GAGCGAAUAGUACAAAGGACGAAUUCAGUUGCGGAUAGAGCUUCUUCGUGUAUGGAAAUGCUAUUUAGCAAAAUAGUGAAAAAUUAUUUUGGACAAAAAAAUAAAAUAAAUUCUUUGUUGUAUUUUGGCAGUGAUAAAUGAUAUCCGUUUGCUUUUAAGGAGAAAAAAAAUUAUUGAAAUUCGAUUAAGUGCGAAUAUAAAAUAAUAAUAAAACAGCGAAAAUAGUCAAUGCUGAAAGUGUUAAUUAAUGUGGAAAAUGUUGAGAGGCCAGCUAAGUUCUUGUGCUAAGCCAAUACACUUACGGACUGAAUCGUUGUGUGCCAUCAAAGGACGAAAAUCAACAAGAUGUCCGAGUAUUGGCUUAUUUCAGCCCCUGGCGAUAAAACAUGCCAGCAAACGUUCGACACCAUGAACAAUCUCACCAGCAAACAAAAUAAUCUAUGCAACAAUUAUAAGUUUCAUAUACCCGACUUGAAGGUGGGUACACUCGAUCAAUUGGUCGGUCUCUCCGAUGAUUUGGGUAAAUUAGAUACUUACGUGGAGCAAAUUACGCGCAAAGUUGCCGCCUAUUUGGGUGAGGUGCUCGAGGAUCAACGCGAUAAGUUGCACGAAAAUCUACUCGCCAACAACAGUCCUGGGCCGCCCGACGACAACACGCAUGCGCACUCGGAAUUGACGGGUAAAGCAUCAAAUUUAUCGAAUAGUCGUGAAACGACCACUACCACUACCACUUGUUCCGCAUGCCACACCGGAAGCCUAAAUAAUUGCUCCUCUAGCGAGGCAUCUGCAGCGUCUGCGUCUGAGCGUGAAUUCGAUUUGUGUGCGUCGUCGCCUGUGUGCGCGUGUGAUGAAUGUGCUGCCAGUGCCAAUGUGAGUGCUAGCGUUAGCGCGAGCGGUGUUAGCGCCUGCGCUAGUGCGAGCGCCACAGCCACCACCCUUGAGGCUGAUGAAUGUUAUCCUUUUACUUCUUCCUCCCUAAAUGUGCCUACAUGCCAUGCGUCCGUCACCGCAUCCGCAUCCGCCAAUGCCUACGCCUACGCCUACACCUCUGCCGCCGAUUGCGCCUCCGCAACCGCUGCUGCUGUCACUAAUAAUGCCUCCUAUUGCUCCACAUCUGCGCCCACUACUAUGGUCGCCGAUGAGCGCCGAACUGCUACUGCUAGUAAAAUUAACAGCUUUUCCAACAACAAUAACAACACUUGCAGCAUAAACAAUAACAAUCGUUUGGGUUUGACGAUCAGCUGUAGUGGAGCUAAUAUGCUGCACAUGCAUCACCAGCCGUCGCAACAGCAACAGUCGCCGCAUCAACAUCAGCAGCAGCAUCAUCACCACCACAACCAACAUCACCACGAACCGCUACACCUGCAGCAUCAUCUGCUGCAACAACAUCAGCAUCUACACCACCCCCAGCAGCAGCAUCAGCUCCACCAACACCAACACCACCACCACCACCACCAUCAUCAUCAACAACAUCAUCACUCGCACCAUCAGUCGCCGCUAUCUGAUGGUGGUAGUGAAGGACACGAGCAGGAGAAUUUGAAAGGAAGCAACAGCACAUCGGACUUGAGUGAUACAUUCGACUGGUGGUUUCAUAGGCAUAAAAGAAAUUCGAAAAAGAGCAGCACUCGCUCAUCAACGUUUCAAUUAAAUAUAAACAAUGGAUUUAAUUUCACACCAACUCAUAGAUCGUCCCCAGUGAGUAGUUGUUGUGGCAGUAGUAGUCAAGGUCGUUCCAGUCCGGAUACAGAUUUGGGCGAACCACCGGCAUUCCCAUUAAGUCCAGCCGAUCUUUCCGUGUAUAUUACCCGCUUUCAAUGGGAUAUGGCCAAGUACCCGAUUAAGCAGUCGUUACGCAAUAUUGCCGAUAUUAUUUCGAAACAAAUUGGGCAAAUUGAUGCUGAUCUGAAAACUAAGUCAACGGCCUACAACAGUCUCAAGGGUAACUUGCAAAACCUGGAGAAGAAGCAAACGUAAGUACCGAAAAAUAUAACGUUCCCAAAACAG